AAAGCCAUAUAAAGCUGAAAUAUCAUUAAUGUUUAUAUUCAUAUUUAAUAAUUUGCUGAUGAUGCACAACGGUUUUUGAAAACAUCGGUCUGUUUUGCGUCAUGCAGAAACGCCAGUGAGGUUCUAGUGACCCUACAGGAGUUGGGAAGGUGUGUGAUGGAGGUCAGAUCGUUUUUUUUUUUUUUGUUCAAAGCACGCUGCAGGAUGUGGCGUCAGUCUGUUUUUGUUUGGGCAGACAUUUUUAGAAGUUCAGAGACAAAACAAUGUGCACAGCGUCAUUGGAUGGAAACAGGGGACAAGGCACACGGACAACAAAACAAUGCACAAGCACACACACACACACACGCAUGUGUUUCUCUGUCGCACCCGUGAACACACGUGAACACACGGGGACAGUUAGGUAACAGACGGUAAUGCUCGUCGAGUGAUUUCAACUCUGCCCUCUGCGUACAUGUCACUGGACACAUUACGGGCAGGGAAGACGACACAGAAACAAACACGAACGUGUGCACGGGAUUGGGAUUGUGAUUCAUUUCCUGCUCUGCUCUUUUCCACUUUACCUUGUGUGUUCCCUAUAUUUAGCUCAGUCCAAGGAAACCGAGCCACGCAGGCAGGAAAACUAAGUUUGGAAAGAAUUGGAGGAAGUCUAGUGGCCAUUUAGACAAACAACACACUGCUACACACACAGACAGUGUGGGGAUCAGUUGUGGCUGAAUGUGUAGCAGUGCUGAAAAGGCCCCCCGAGACAAAAGGCUUCGCAGAGACACAGGGUCAUCAGACAAAAGGACCGGCAAACUCUGGGAUACCGUACGGACCAGUGGACAGCGAUGCCAGAGUUGGCAGGACGGUUGUGGCUCCUGGUGGACCUCGGUGGAUUUGUACAUUAAGGGACAUCGGGGUCUCAGAUGAGGGACAGCACUUGCGUAUGGGCGUAUGUGUGUCACAUGGUCGGACUAGGCUGCACCUCCAGGCUGUUGUAUUGACCCAAAGAGUUGGAGGAGGUGACGGUGUAGCACAUGCUCCACCAUGGGAGUCUCUCUGUGAGUCCAGGCCAGUAAACGCCCACAGAGCUUUGGCGGCCACAGCUUCAGUUACACUGUCCACGGACUGAGCCCUACACUGGAUGCUGGCUGGAGAGCUGCUGCACAGCUCAUCUUGUGCUGUAAUGAACACGAGCUGUCCGUCGGUGAAGCCGUGAACGUGAUGAGAGUGCGUGACCUGUAGCUCCUGACAUGACAUCGUACCACAGAGGGAACGCGAGUGAUAUACACAUACAUCAAUUGUUCUUCCAAAGUCCGAAGAAAAUCCUGAGUGGUCCGAAAUUCCGGAUUACGCGUUUUGGCUUUUGUGGCCCUAAAACUAUGGGAUCGUCCACUUUGGGAAAGGCAGCGACACUUGAUGCUCUCUUACAUGAAUGCGUUGAGGCUUUCGAAGACAAUGGGAAACUGCAGGACAACCACCUUCCCCGCAGCCUCCUGCUGAUGCACCGCUGGUAUGUUACCUCUGCAGAGCUGGCAGGAAAACUACUAAUGAUGUAUCGCAACUGCAACGGAGACGACUACCAAAGGACCAGACUGAAGAUUUGUUAUUUAAUGAGGUACUGGAUUGUCACGUUCCCUGCAGAGUUCAACCUUGACCUUGGUCUGAUUAGGAUUACAGAAGAGUUUAGAGGCGUUGCGGCUCAUCUCGGCAGCGAGGAGCAUUUCAAACUCAUCGACAUCUCCACCAUUCCUUCUUACGAUUGGAUGCGGAAGCUGACCCAGAGAAAGAAGCAGACUAAGAAAGGCAAGGCCUCGCUGCUGUUCGACCACCUGAAGCCCAUCGAGCUGGCCGAACACCUCACCUUUUUGGAGUUCAAGUCCAUCCGGAGGAUAUCGUUCACCGAUUACCGCAGCUACGUGAUCCACAGUUGCCUGGUUGACAAUCCAACUCUGGAGCGGUCCAUCGCACUCUUCAAUGGAGUUUCGCAAUGGGUCCAGCUUAUGGUACUGAGCAAGCUAACGCCUCAAACCCGUGCGGAGGUCAUCACCAAGUACAUCAACGUGGCUCAGGAACUUCUGCACCUCCAGAACUUCAACACGCUCAUGGCGUUGGUCGGAGGACUGAGUCACAGCUCCAUAUCCCGACUUAAGGAGACUCACUCCUAUCUGGCUCCGGAGGUCAUGAAGGUGUGGAGGGAGAUGACAGAGUUGGUGUCUUCCAGCAACAACUACUCCUGUUACCGUAAGGCCUUCAGUGAGUGCCAGGGCUUUAAGAUACCCAUCCUGGGCGUGCACCUCAAGGACCUGAUUGCAGUGCACGUGGUCUUCCCUGACUGGGUGGACGACAAUAAUAAAGUCAACCUGGUGAAGAUGAAUCAGCUCUACGUGACGUUUUCGGAGCUGAUGUCUCUGCAGAGUGCAGCCGCGCAGGUUGAGCCCGACAUGGACCUGAUCUACCUGCUGACGCUUUCUUUAGAUCUUUACUACACAGAGGACGAGAUUUACGAGCUGUCGUUGCUCAGGGAGCCUCGUAACUCAAAAUCACUGCUUGCUUCGCCAACGACUCCCAACAAGCCUAUGGCUCCCCUGGACUGGGCCUCCGGCGUCACCACAAAACCAGACCCGACAGUGGUCAACAAACACAUCAGAAAAGUGGUGGAUUCUGUGUUCAGGAAUUACGACUACGAUCACGACGGUUAUAUUUCUCAAGAGGACUUUGAGAGCAUCGCUGCUAACUUUCCUUUCCUGGAUUCCUUCUGUGUUUUGGACAAGGAUCAAGACGGACUGAUCAGCAAGGAUGAAAUGAUGGCCUAUUUUCUUCGCGCUAACCCAGUGCAGUGUAAAAUGGGACCAGGAUUCAUCCACAAUUUCCAGGAGAUGACUUACCUGAAGCCCACCUUUUGUGAACAUUGUGCUGGAUUUUUGUGGGGAAUUAUCAAACAAGGCUACAAGUGCAAAGACUGUGGCGUUAACUGCCACAAACAAUGUCGAGAGCUGUUGGUUCUGGCCUGUAGGAAGCUUCUGCGCUCGGGUUCUGUGGGCAGCGCCAGCCCUGCCAGACUGUCCCACAGUUCACUGCCCAGCAGCCCAACACUGCCCACCUGUAAAGAUGAGGACGAGGUGUUCAAGUUCCCGUGUGUCUCUGCAGCCAGUGCCACUCAGGGCACUCAGUCCAUCACCCUGAUGACUGGUUCAGCUCAGAGGAUCUCAGUGCGUCUGCAGAGGGCCACCACGAGUCAGGCCACGCAGACCGAGCCCCUUUGGCCAGGACACAGCUGGGGCUCCUCACACAGUGGCCCUCACACUUUCCCCAAAAUGAAAUAUAGGACUCACAGGAGGUCUUCUAAAAACAAAGGUGUGGCUACGCGGGAUGCGCUGAAUGGCAAGCAACACCAGGCGGUGACAUCACGAUGUAGCUUGGAGUCUCAAGAAAAGUUUGAUGUCUCACAAGAGCUCGUGCAGAACGGGGUUACGCCCAGACAUGAGAACAGCUGACUUGUCGACGGUCCAAUCCAAGGCUCCAGAAACUCACAAGCUCCAGGAACCAGGAUGUUCUCCUCUCUGGGGCAGGCGCUGAGCUGCCUGAGGUUCCCCUUCAGUGACCUGAAGUCACUGUCUUGUCUGUAGCCCUCAGAACAGACAGACAGAGCUGCAUGAGAAGACUACCGUAUGGGGCACGGUAUCGCCACCUGCUGUAAAUCAAUGAGGAUUUACAGCCUUCGGCGGGAUCCCUCAGGAUGUAGUACGUCUGGAAUGAACAUGAAAUAAACACAAAAGUAAUGAAGUGUUGUGAACAGGAACGGUGACAGCAAAAUUGUUUACUAAAUGCAAAUUUGCUGACGUUGGACUCAAGAGAAGACAUUAACAUACUCUGACAUAAUAUUUAACUGAAUGUAUUACAAAUAAAAUGAAGGCGUCUGGU